CAAGCAAGAGAAAGUGAUGCAACAAAUCGAAAGUUCACGCACAUGACCACCCACCUGCCCCUUCUCGUUCUCCCGAAUUCGGUCGAUCCCUUCAUUUCUUGUUCGCCGUCAUCGUCCCCCAAAUCACCACACUGCGGAGAUCGCUAGGGUUUCUUCCUCUCGGCGUUGUUGCUUCGUGGAUUUACCCAUCUUAAGCCGCCGCUUCCUAGGAUUUGGCCUCUCUCUCUCUCUCUCCGACUUUUCCGCUUCGCUCCGAAAUCUUGAAACCUCUCGUUGGAAUUCCGCGUGUUAUUUCAAUGGAUUAUGGCGGUGGAGCUGCGUACCCUGGUAGCAAUGCCAUCGCAAUCAUCCCGGACGCCUCCGGCCCUCCCGAUUCCUGGCCCCCGGGAGGAAACGACCAGCCAAUGUGGGCGACCGACGAGGAUUACCGUUCUUGGAGCGGAGACCCAUCCGCCGACGCCGCCUCCAACUCCGCUUACGACGGCCGCCUGUCCCGGUCUCGGGCCGGUAGUGAGCAGCCCCCGGGCAAGAAAGGUCGGAACUCCCAAGCGGAUGCCCAGGGUGGUAACAGGACUACCACUUCCAAGGCCAUCGGGAAGAUGUUCUUUAAGACGAAGCUUUGCUGCAAGUUCCGCGCCGGGACUUGCCCUUACAUCACGAACUGCAAUUUUGCUCAUGGGAUCGAGGAGCUCCGCAGGCCGCCGCCAAACUGGCAAGAAAUUGUGGCGGCUCAAGAGGAGGGCUCCUCCGAGCCCAGAGAAGAACGUCGAAUACCGACGAUGAACUCAUCGGUCGUGGCUGGGGAGUCCGAGAGAUCUUAUAAAGGACGGCGGUGUAAGAAGUUCUACACCGAAGAGGGCUGCCCGUAUGGGGAUAGUUGCACCUUCAUCCAUGAUGAGCAAUCCAAGGCUCGGGAGAGCGUGACGAUCAGUCUGUCGCCCAUGGUUGGAGGCAGCGGACUAGGGGGAGGUGCGAAUACGCCGACUCAGAAACCUUCAAAUUGGAAGACGAGGACUUGUCACAAGUGGGAGAUGACUGGGUAUUGCCCCUUUGGCAACAAGUGCCACUUUGCUCAUGGUGCAGCAGAACUACACAGGUAUGGUGGGGGUCCUGUGGAAACAGAAGGUAGAGAUGCCUCCUUGGUUGUUUCAGACUCUAAGCAUGGUGGGGUGCACACAAAGUUCCCCCCAUCGGAUGCUUCCGUUGCUUCAAACAGUUCAGUUCCUCAUGCUGAUAUGUAUCAUAUCGGCGUCCCUUCUCAGAGGUCCGCUGGUGUCGUACAGAGGCAGGGGCAGAGGUCAGUUGGAAAAUGGAAGGGGCCUGACAAAAUUAGUAAGAUAUAUGGUGACUGGAUUGAUGACAUAGAGUAGAACCUUGUGCAAUGCACCUGCAGACAUAAUAGUCACUUGUUUUCAUUUUAGCUAUUGGUUCACGAUGAAGGUAAUGUUUGUGUUUUGUGGAGUACCAAAGGCAAGAGAGGUUACUGAUGCGAAGUAGGGUAUCUUUUGGCAUGAUUAUCUAAAACAUGGGAAAUCUGAAGAUCAUAGUAGAAGAAGCAAGUGAAAUCACUUGAUGCUUCUUGUGCUAGAUUUUAUGGACACAAUUGCUUCGACAUAGCUUCUUGUUUUGCACCAUUUACUGUUGCAAAAAAUUCUGCUAACAUGGCAUGACAUUUUUUUUAGUACAGAAAGAAGGAUCAUUUGAUUUCAUGACGGGGGCAAGGUGCUUAUACUCUUUCAUUGGUUCUCUGUUUGCUGUGGUUGAUCCAGAAUAACUCAGUAAAGGAUUUGAUCUUGCCAGACAUCAAAGGUAUAUGGUCGGCUGCAGGAAUGCUUCUACACUGACAUAUAUUGCCUCUUUUGUUUUUGCUGCAACUGAACUGUUUCAGUAAUGUUUGUGUCAGUUUGUUUGUGAACUAAAUUGAACUGUAUUCCAGGGAUUUUUUGUUUUGUUCCAUUAGGAUUUUGUUAAUGUCAUAGCUAUGCAGAAAAAAAAAUUGGUUCUUUCCGUAUCACAAUUGACGCAUUACGUGAGCAGCUACUAAGCGGCAUUAUCAACAUUUUGCAGGUUAGAAUUCUGUGACAAGAAUGUUAUUUGGCUUGUACCAAAUAUUACCUCAUCAUCAUCUUUCAAUAAUUUUGCUUCUGACUUGAGCCUCUAACCACAGUAUACCUUCAUCCUUGUAAUCUGGCACCCUGCACGGUGACACCGUUAUGAACCACCUCGUAGUUGCAGGCAUGAGGAGUAAUGAGUUGAUAUAGCCAUGAAUCUUAAUUGAAAGGAAAAAGUUAGUAGAAUAUAGUAAAAAUUCUAAAAGUCCUAUGUUAAUCGAUACUUGUAAGUGAGACAACUCUUUCCUAAGAAUGUCUUGAAAUACUGAUUCCAGCAAUCAAAGAUUUAGGUACACAGUCUACGUCUGAGAAUAUAUUUAUAUAUUUUUAUAUAACAUCGCAUUGAUCCCCUACUUUUGACGUGGGAUGAUUUUAAUAGACCUUUAAUCAGUUUGGGCCAAAGAAUUGAAGUCCAUCUUCUUUCCAUCGGAUGUUACUUAAUGUUGGGCCUAAGCGAUCCUAUGUGGCCCAUUAAUCUACAAUAUUGUCUUGUUGUUAGGCCCAUUUUUAAGGUAGAUCAUUCGCGGAACAGAUUGCGAUUGAUUCACACCUUUGGAAGAAUGCAGAUGGAGAAGGGGGGAGCAACCUUGGAGGAGGGAUUGGGCGGCGGAGGUGUGGUGACGCAAAGGGGAAAGCUGUGCCGCCGAUGCAAGGAGACCUUCAACUCUUCCUCCAACACGCCCUCCUCCUGUCGGUUCCACCCUUCGUUCUUCGUCUGCCGCAGGCACGACGACCAAAAGAGGUACUACGAACUCCGUCCAGAUGAUCCACCAUAUGCUGCCAAAUUCUACGACUGCUGCGGAGCAGAGGACCCAGAGGCAUUGGGCUGCACCACCGAUUUCCAUGUUUCCUAUGACGACUGAUCUCUCUGCGAGCAAUCUACCCUUUGGCAAGUUUGAUGGUAUGCUAUAUCCUCGUCUAUUAAAGGAAAUGCAGUCACAAUGUACAACCCUCCUCCUUGUGUUUCCUGUUUUGAACGUAAUGGAUCUUUUGAGAAUUUAAUUUUGCUGAUGGUUGUGUA